AUGCUUUCAAACAGGUUUAAAUUUGUUAAAUAUGUUCUUGUAGCGCUUUUGUUGCGGGAAAUACCACUGAAUUGCACGGAAACGAAGAUCCAGGCAGAAGUGGGUCGUGUAUCAUCGCUGGAAGUGUUACGAGUCCAUAUUGCUGAGUCGGGUCUUUACGCAUACGUCCAAAUGCGUAGCGCUGAUGACGCAGAGCGGCUUAUGUUAACGUUCAACAAAGCGCCGUUGCUGAUCGAUGGCUGUGCAGGUUAG